GUUAGUGUAUUUUGUUUCCCGGAAAAUAGAACGCUUCUUCUUGAGAAUCAUUCCUUUGGUCUUGGAAUCUAAAAUGAUCAAACUAUAUAUAUUAUAAAGGAAAGAUAUUGCGGCUAAUCAAAGGUAUAGUGGUACUUGUUUAAUUCUUAUCUGUAAACUAUAGAUAAUGGAUUAGUUCUAAUCGGGGGUUUUUUUUUCACAAUCAUGAACUAAUCAUUCUUCAAGUUUUCAAAAUCCCAAUACCUUUUUUCGAUUGAGUAUAUUUUCAUCAUAAGGUUCAAGUUAGUCGGCAUACACAUAAUAAUAAUUGCUUAUACUCGCUUAUUUGUUUUAUCUCCUCUGUUUACUUGUUUAUUUAUUCAUCCCUUAUCUAUUCUUCUUAGCCAUCUCUCUUAUUCAUCGUUUUAUCCAUAUCUGCGCUUCCUCUCUUCACGCCUUCAAAGAAUAUCAUCAUCCGUACAAGUGCAUCUUUCUAUAUUUUCCCCUAAAGUCAAAAUGCCGACCGCGGAAGAAUUUCAAGAACAACUUCGCUUGGCUAACGCUCGAUUUGAAAAACGUCUUGAUGAAGAAAAGAAACGGGCUGAUGAGGAAAGAAAACGUGCCGAUGAACAAAGAAAACGUGCCGAUGAACAAAGAAAACGGGCCGAUGAACAAAGAAAACGGGCCGAUGAGCAACAAAAGCGUGCUGAUGAGAAAGAGCAGUUCCAACGCAGAACUACUCUCACCGAGUAUCUUGAUCUGUGCCAUACACAUCUCUUCCAAUCAAUAUCUGUUCAGACAAAUAAAGCCCUGACUACCCAGAAGGGUAUUACAAACCCGAAAGGCAAACUCUGUCCAAACUACCUUCGUCCAUGGGAUGAUUUCCUCCGUAUUCAACAAACCACUCACCAGCGCUUGAAGUUGGCAUACCGAGGCUCUGAUGAGAGGAUCUUUGAAAGCCAUCAUUUCAUAGAGGUACUAGGACAAAGAGUGGCGUUACGCAAAAUUUCGAGUGAAGCAGAUCUUGCCUCUAUUCAAAGAUCGACCAUAGAAGAGCCUGUUACCGCUAUCAUCCAGCAUUUGCAAUCCAUUGACUCUAUACGGAACGAGUUUAAUGUUAACUCUGGGAUUCUAUUCGACAAUCACUCUAACGUAUUGAGUGACACAGGCGACGAAGUUGCUCAGCGAAUUCAGAGUUCACCACCCUCUACGCCUCAUCGUUCGAUACCUCCUCUUAGUGGUCUACGAGCUGACCAGAUAUGCGUAUAUACACACGAAAACGGUGAUUCUACACUUCGAAAACUCGCAUUUGUGGUGGAAUACAAAGCUCCUCAUAAGCUCGUCCUUGCCAGUCUUCGUUGUGGCCUCCGGGAGAUGGAUGUCAAAGCUGUCAGAAAUGCUUCUUCCAUUCCCAGUCCCAAAAUCACGGACGAGAAUAAACAGGAGAUAGACAAUCCCGCGCUUUUUCAAUAUUAUGCUGAUCGAUUAGUGGCGUCUGUCAUGGCACAAACAUUCUCAUAUAUGAUUCAAGGUGGAGUACAAUAUGGUUACAUUACAACAGGCGAAGCUUUUGUUUUCCUUCAUAUUCCACCCGAAGAUCCAGGGACACUAUACUAUCAUUUGAUCGAGCCUGAAAAUGAUUUGAAGUUAGAAAGGGACGCAGGGCAAGAGUCCAUCAAUCGUACUGCAGUAAGCCAGGUCUUGGCAUUUAGUUUCUUAGCAAUGGAGCCGGAGCCAACGAGCCAAACGUGGCGUGAGGAUGCUAUAAAUAUACUCGAUACUUGGGAGGUGGACUAUGAAGCUAUUCUUCGUGAAAUACCUGGAACCGUACGAAAGGAUCCGCCACAAUCGGCGUAUCGUGGGAAAGCGUAUCCUCCGGUUGACCAAUUCAAAAUGGUCCUACGCAAAAAAAAGCUCAGUCAGAGCACAUGCAAAACACCUCCGACCGCCCCCAACAAGAUCGAUUCAGGCCUAUCUGAUGACAGUGACCACGGUGAUCACGGUGAUCACGGUGAUCACGGUGAUCACGGUGAUCACGGAUAUCACGGAUAUCAUGAUACGCCUACUCGUCGCAAAUCGCAACCCGCCAAAAACAAACGUCCGUCGCAGAAUCGAGGAAAUCGUUGUAAAAACGCAAAUGUUCCUCAGGACGGUGCUCAGAAACGACCUUUUUGUACCCAAAGGUGCCUUAAGGGUCUUGCAGAAGGGGGUGUUUUAGAUAUGUUCUGUCCUAAUGUAUCAGACCAUCUUGUGAAGGGACUAAGUAGCAAUCAACAUCAACUUGAUAGGCAAAGCUUCCUCACCCUUCUACAUCAACAGCUUAAACGCAAUCGAGAUGAUGACUGCUAUCCCUUGGGAGUACAGGGUGCUCGCGGUGCUUUGUUCAAAAUAACACUGACUUCACACGGCUAUACUGUGGCAGCAAAGGGAACAGUGGCAGCUUUCGUAAAAGACCUUGAGCACGAGCGCCAGAUUUAUCGGCAUUUAUGGACAAUGCAAGGCGUUCUGGUACCAGUCUGCUUAGGAAGCAUAGACCUUGCUCAUCCGUACUAUUACGAUAUCGGAGUGCAAAUAGUCCAUAUGAUGAUUCUCUCGUGGGCUGGAGAAAGACUGGACGGGAAUAUGGCUCUGAAAUAUGUGGAUCAGAAGAGGUUAGAUACCGUGGUGAGGCAAUCGAUUGAAGAACUCCAUCAUGCUGGGAUAUUACAUGGUGAUCUACGAAUACCAAAUGUAUUGUGGAAUACAGAAAUUGAUGGGAUUAUGUUGAUUGACUUCGAGCGAUCAAAAUUCAUAAAAGAUUUUGGACGAGCCCUCGCACAAAUUUCUCCAAACCGGGAGAAGAAGCGGCAUGUCUCGGUCGAGCAAGUCUCGGGUAAAAAGGUCAAAAAGAGUUCGUCAAACUCGAAAACCCAGGUCGAAAUCAUGUUCAUGAAUGAAAUGUCAUCUGCACAAGGAGAGGUUGCUAGCUUUCUAAACCAAGUGAUUGUCAAGGAUGGGUGAGUGUUGGCACAAGUGGAAAUGGUAAUAAUUGGCGAUGGACUGCUGUGUUUUUUCUAUUCUCUUAAUAAUCCAAUAUAUUAUACUCCGUAACGAAUGCACGAUGGGAAAUAGCUGGUAUAACGAGGUUUUGGGCAGAAGGCAAUUGUUUUAUUCUUGUUAUUGAUAAGUCUAUGGUUCAACGGGGCGCUCUCUCACUACUAGCUUUUGAAGUAAUAUAAAUUAUAUCAUUCGGUCC